CACACAUACACAUUUUUAAUAUGGCUUUUGUUAAAUUGCAUUUUUGAGUUCAGUCUCUGGCGACUGCUCGCCGUUUGCGUUUCUUAAUUGAAGACACUGAAGUGUUUAUCGCUUUCUUGAACUCAUAAAAAGAAGAGUUGUUAAUAUGUUGAACAAGAUUACCGAGGAGCAAUUGAAAGCUUACCACAAUGUGGCACUGCAACUUGUCGUUAAGUGUGGCCCGAUUUUCAGGGAAGGCUACAACAGGACUGGGCAAAAUGUAGUGGUCAAGGACGACUUUGUUACAGCAUAUGGCCGUCAAAUUGCGGAAAUAUUGGCACAGGGCCUAAAAGAUGCAUUUCCGGAAUCUAUCAUUAUUGAACAGGGCAGAGUGGAAAUAACUGAUGCACCAACUUGGUUCAUAGAUCCCAUUGAUGGAAAAACUAAUUACAUACAUGGAUUAGCGCUUUGUGCCAUUUCUGUAGGUUUAUCAAUUGGCAAACAACUAGUCUCAGGCAUUGUUUUUAAUCCGGUGACAAAUGAAUUGUUCUCUGCAUGGAAGGGUCAUGGUGCGUAUUUAAACGGACAGCCCAUUCAUGUAACAAAAACAUCUAAGAUUAGUGAUGCGAUUGUGGGGCAUGAAAUCACACUAAUAAAUGCAGAAGCAUUUCGUGAUAAGAACGUCAAGCGUGGCUACAAGCUGGCCGCAGUAGCUUCUUGCACACGCUGCUUCGGAAGUGCAGCCAUAUCGCUAACCUAUUUGGCAAAGGGCUCUCUGGAUGUAUACCAAAUAGACGAUUUGGAACCAUGGAAUGUAGCUGCUGGAGUAUUAAUACUUCAAGAAGCGGGCGGUGUCAUUUACAACUCAAAUGGCGGCGAUUUUGACAUAAUAAAACCAAAUUUUGUGUGCGCUGCCACGAAGGAACUUGCUCAGGAAGUUUUGCAACUCAUACAAGAGGCUGAUCAGAUUACCGAUUACACAUUUAAGUAGAUCACCAAUAUUUUUCUGUACUUACGUUGGGAGGCAUGCCGUGGGUUUGAUAACCAAUUGGUGACAUAUUUGGACCAGUUGGCGGCAUCUGCAUGCCCAUAUGUGGAUCUGUACAUGAAAGAGUUCGAUUAUAGUUGGAAAUAAAGCUUGAAGUAGACAA